AAUGCUGUCGCAUGGCUGUCGCUGUCAAAUCUGGAGAAGUGUCAUGUUAAGUUGUCAUCAAUGGCGUUGUCUGUUAUUAUUUAUUAUUUUGUAUUAAUAUAUUAAAUCGUAAUUAAUUUGUGCUAGUUAUAUAAGAACAAUGAUAAAUAAGUUGUACGAUACAAUGCGGACAAACAGUGGGUGUUUUAUAUUGAAAAAGUAUGUGCAUGUUUUAAUUGUGACUUCUGUUUUAACACAUAUUCAAGCAUACAUUGUGGAAUUUAUUAUCGAACCUGCUGAUACGACUGUUGAAGCCGGUCAGUCGUGUGUUUUGGACUGCGUGGUAAAAACAGCCCAAGAGUAUCCUUCUAAUAUGGUUACAAUACAAUGGUUGGACCAAGAUCGUCAACCACUUUCGUACCUAGGUGAUUUUUAUAGAUCUCAAUUAGCAAAUGGAUCGUUAUAUAUAGCUAGUGUAUCUGAAGAACUUUCAGGAAAUUACCAGUGCCUCGCUUCACUUCCUAAUGUAGGAGCUGUGGUUAGUCGGGUUGCCCAUUUAACUAUAGCUACUUUAUCCGGUUUUCUACAAGAACCCCGAGACAUAACAGUUUAUCCUGGUCAAAAGGCGUAUUUUGCGUGUCGAGUACAAACGUCCCUUCCACCUCGGAUAAGGUGGUUAAAGGAUGAAAGACCAUUGCAACUGGACAAGUUAAGAAUGGCAAUAUUACCGUCAGGAGCGUUGGAAAUAGACGAAGUUAAAAGUGCCGAUCAAGGAAGUUACAGAUGCAAUGUGUCGAGCGUAAACACGUACAGGCUUAGUAAUAAAGCUAAUUUAAUUAUAAACGAAGACCAGGAACAAGCGGCUAGUAUUUCAGCCCCCAGUUUCAUUGCUCUGCCCCAGUCGAAAAUAGUUAAAGAGGGUGAAACUGUAACUCUAGACUGCACUGCCAACGGCAACCCCUAUCCUACUAUUACGUGGCUAAAAGACGGUUACACUGUUGAUAUGGCGAACUUGGACAGUAGGUUCAGUUGGGUUGGAUCGACAACGUCGUUGCAAAUUAAAAAAAUUGAAGAAUCUGAUGCUGGGGUGUAUCAGUGUAGGGCUGAAAAUAGAGAGGAUAGCGUAGAUGCAUCAGUUACUCUUCAGGUUCAGGUGCCACCAAAAUUCCUUAAGAAACCAAUGGACAAAGUUGAUGUGAUAAAUAAAGACACAGAAUUCGAAUGCUCUGUUUAUGGCAAACCAGAACCGAAAAUAGAAUGGUUAAAAAAUGGGGAAAUCAUUAUUCCUACUGAAUACUAUCAAAUAGUGAAUGGAAAUAACUUAAAAAUUUUGGGCCUGAUGACAUCAGAUAGUGGUUUGUUUCAAUGUAUUGCAUCAAAUCCAGCAGGGAACAUUCAGGCUUCUGCCAGUUUAAAAGUCACAAGUGCAGAAAAAGUAAAAAAAUCCCACAAUAGGAAGAAGUUUUCUAAAGAUGAAUCGUUACCUACCAUUAACAAAUUACAAUCACGUACUGCUUUUGCACAUUUAAAAUCGGAUGAAUCUAGUAGCUUGGGGGAGGUUCAGUUUGGUAGUUUUGCAAUACCAAAACAACUGCAAUACAGUAGUGAUCCUAUCCUUAACAUUAGCAAUAAGCAAGACAGACAUAAAAUUCUCGAUUCUUUGCAAAACACUUUAGCUAGUAGUAGUAAUAGUACUAAUCUAGGAGAUAUUCUCUCUGCUUACACUGAAUCCACCCCUAUCACCAAACCCAUUAUAGCAGAUGGAGAUGAAAAGAAUGUUCAAGAAGAAGUUCCUGGGCCUCCAAUUAAUCUGAAAGCUUCCAUUGUUAAAGCACGAUUUGUAACUCUAAGCUGGCAACCACCUCCCAAUUAUAAUGGAGAUAUAAUUGCUUAUUCUGUCUAUUAUAAGCGAGGAAGCAGUGAAAGGGAAAGGGUUCAAAAUACAACAAGAUCCCGUUUGGAGGACAUCAACAUCGGAGGUUUGCAACCAGGCCAGGUUUAUUUUUUUAGGGUUGUGGCAUAUAGUAAAUUGGGUCCAGGCUUAUCCUCUGAGAGUCUGAAAGUGACAACUCAGACCGAGGAGCGUGUUCCCAGUGCCCCAGAACAGUUUAAUGCUUAUGCGACCAGCGUAAUGUCUAUACAUGCAACUUGGAAGCCCCCAUUAGUUCAAAAUGGAGAAAUACAACUUUAUAGAGUUUACUAUAUGGAGACAAUGUCUUCUACUGAGCACAACAUUGAAACAACAAAUCUGCAGUGUGAUAUACUGGGAUUGUCAAUUUAUACAGAGUACAGUGUUUGGGUGGUUGCAAUAAAUCAGAACGGGGCAGGUGCUGCUUCAGAAGAAAAAUUAGUGAGGACAUUCAGUGCACCACCCUCUGAAUCACCCCUUAAUGUUACAUUGGAGCCUGCAAGUAGCACGUCCAUUAUUGUAUAUUGGGAGCCCCCUGCGCCUGACGGUCAAAAUGGUAUAAUAACCGGAUAUAAGCUUCGCUAUCGGAAAUUGGGUAGAAAAGGGGAUACAAUAACUACUCCAGCUAAUUUGCGUUCUUUUACAUUAAGUAAUUUAGAAAAGGGAUCAACUUAUCAAGUAAAAUUGUGGGCUUUGAACGUGAAUGGCACAGGUCCUCCCACUGAGUGGUACGAAUGCCAAACAUUAGAAAACGAUUCCGAUGAAUCUCAAGUACCUGAUAUUCCAACGCAACUACGAGUGCGAGCACAUUCUGAUAAAAUAGGGGUAAUGUGGAACGCACCCUUAAACCAAAAUAUUAAAGUAAGAAAUUACAUAUUGGGAUGGGGCAAAGGGGUGUCUGAUAUUUACACAAAAGAAUUGGACGAGAAACAGAGAAGUUAUGUUAUUGAGAAAUUAGAACCGAAUUCUGAUUAUGUAAUUAGUUUACGGGCCAGUAAUCAGAAAGGUGCCGGCUUACAAUUGUAUGCAAAUGUACGAACGCGUGACGAACCGCCCCCCGAAAUAGUAAGUCCUUUGAUACCCCCCGUAGGUCUCAAAGCUCAAGUUUUAAGUUCGUCCUCGGUCGUGCUGUACUGGACUGAUACGUCGCUUAGCAAAAGUCAGUAUGUUCGUGAUAGAUAUUAUGUGGUGAAGUUUACAGCAGAGAAAAGUUCUAAAAGCAAGUACGUCAACGUUACGGACCCUUAUGUGAAGAUCGACGACUUGAAACCUUUCACUAUGUACGAAUUUAGCGUUAAAGUUGUAAAAGGCCGGAGAGAAAGUCCAUGGAGUAUGGUAGUUCAGAACGCUACAUGGGAAAACCCUCCAAAUUCUCCACCUAAAAACUUAUCAGUAGUUUCUGUUGAGGGCGAAGGACAAGUGUUAAAAUUACAGUGGCAACCUCUGAAGUUACAAACCGGCCGAGUUACAGGAUACGUUAUUUUGUAUACUACGAACACUACUAAACGUGAUCGUGAGUGGUCUGCUCAAGCAGUAAAAGGUGAUGAGAAUAGUGUCAUUAUCAGCGAUUUGGAACCAAAUACAGAAUACUUUUUCAAGGUGCAGGCUAGAAACAGUGGAGGAAACGGACCGUUUUCUGCUCUUGCCUCCUUUCGUACAGGUUAUUUUUCCAAUAAGUUGCUAAUUUAUAUAGCAAUAGCUGGUGUAGUAUUAGCCGUAACUCUCGUCAUUACCGUUGUGAUUGUUUAUUAUCGUAAAAGAGAAUGUGCGACGUCUCCCAGUCGUUCACGAAGCAAAUAUCAAAAAAGCUGUCAGCAGAUUAAGCCCCCUGAUCUGUGGAUUCAUCAUGAUCAAAUGGAAUUGAAAGAAAAGAGUCAUUGUAGUAACGAUGGCGCUAGUAGCUGUGGGGCAGUGACUUUGCCUAGAAGUAUGGGUGCUAACGAAUUCGACAGUCGCGAUAAUCAUCCAUCUAAUUCAUUAGAUAAAACGACCUACGUGCCUGGAUAUAUGGCUACAGCCAUAGUAACUCCGAUUAACACAGCAUCAUCGAGCCAUACUAGUAAUGAUUCCACCCCUUCAAGUCGAACCAAUUACCCCAGAACACAGUAUAACAUUUCCCGAGCCCAUAUUGCCAUGGACCAAAAUAUGGAUGGUCAAAUGCCAGAACACCUUAGCGGUCCAGUUAAUUCCCGAAGUACCUGUGAUAUUGGACCUUGCAAUUCGAAUUAUGCUAGUCACCCGCCGAUUGCUCAUGUUCCACCUGGUAGUACGUACGCUCCAGGAAUGAAUGUGACAGCCGAUCCGCAGCCGGUAAGGAGGAUUCCCGGACUUGGUCAUCCGUUGAAAAGUUUUAGUGUUCCUGCGCCACCUCCACUAUCAGCACCAGGAACACCCCAGCCAAAACAUAUAGGAACUCCGCAACCGUCUCAGAUAAUAAUUCGGCCUAACACGUCCCCCUAUAAAAAGACAAUGGCUGGCUGUAAUCCGACUGUUGUCGGUACCCCAGCCUCUCGUAUAACGACCUCAAAUCCGCCGCCCCAUACGGCGGAGGAGGUGCAACCCCUUAAGCCGUCUCAUUCCACUGAAGAGUUAAACCAAGAAAUGGCAAACUUGGAAGGACUGAUGAUUACUUUGAACGCGAUCACGGCGAGCGAAUUUGAAUGUUAGGGUUACGUGUGCAUGGAUUGAAAAAGGUAUGUAAAAGUAAUGACGUAACAUGUGCGAUGUACCUAUGUAUAAAUGGUCGGUUUUUUUAUUUCUCUUGUAUAAUGUGUGGUGUAAUAAGGGAAAUAUCUUUUGCGCGUUAGUACUUAGUGAAUCAAAUUGGCUCGUAAAAAAAAUAUUCACUUAACGUAAAUACUGUAGUUUUAAAACUUCUUUCUAUUUUUAUUUCUUUUAAUGGUUUAACUAUAUACUUGUAUAGGAAAUUUAGAAUUUGAACAGUUAUUUCGAUUGUGAAAAUGUCCAGUAAUUUUUAUAAAUCUUU